AUGGCUCUUGCUGGAAAGCGUUCUCACCUUCUAGUGUUAAGGGAACACACCAACAAUAACAGUAGUACAAAAAGCAAACUUGGGAAGGAUGUUAGCAUUGGUGGUCAAAGUGAUGGGAGGUUCAUUCUAAGCAGAAAACGCGUCAAACUCAAUUCCGAGCGUUGUAAAGUCUCUGCCGAAUACUCUAGCCCCAUAGACUCUGACGAUGAUCGCAAUGAUACUGGAUAUUCUUCGGUCGACUUCGAUUCAAUGAUUCAUCCUUCAAGGAAGCCGGAGCUAAAUUUCCCAGAUCCAAGUGCAUUAGCACAACUAGUAAAUUGCUCGGCUUCCGGUAGUGAUAAUUUCAAUUCAAGAACGAAAUUUAAAUGUGAAAAUCUAGCUAACGUAGCUAGUAAUACUACUUCGAAUGAAUCUGCCACGGAAAUUCGCAUCCAAGCUGCUGAUAGUAACCCAAAUGAUACUGCGGUUUUUUCGAGUACUGCAUCAACAGCAAACUAUUUAACAACAGCUGUACCAAGGCCUUUAUCUAGGCAUUCAUCAUGCGUUGUUCCUCAGUCUGAUCUACUGGCUAGAGAACGCUGUUUCGAUUAUAUUGUCCAAUCCAUUGACGAAGUCUGGGCAAGAUAUUGCGAUACCACGUCAUCAGCUGAGAAUCAACUUUACCCAUACGGAUAUGCUUCUCCUGUGUCGGAGUCAGAUAUCUCCGGUAAUGAAAGUGACUCAGGUUACAAAUCCAAUACUGACACAGAAACGGACAAUGAACACCGUAAGGUCUCUAACCUGCCCGAUUCAAAAGAAUUGCAAUCUUUGAAGGAUAGGCUAACAAAGGCUAAACAUGCUUUGGAGCAGACUGUAGAUUCUCUACAGUUCCAAGAUUGUAUGCUCUUCUGGAAUCGUUGGGAUAUGAUCAAGUAUAACGCAGUUGAAAUGAUGGAAGAGGAAGAUGAUGAUGAGUUGGUUGAAUCAGUUAUUGAAGAAUUAGAAGAAGGUAGAUGGUAUAACGAAUCAUAA